CACUGUGUUAUGCCUCUUUAUCUUUCUCGCUUUUGUCUUUCCUUGUCCUUUCGAUUAAUAUUUUAUCUCUUUUCUAUUAAAAUUAAAGUAUAUUGGAUCGUCUUUCUCUUUCUCUUUAUCAGUCGCUCUUUUCCGCGUUGCGAGAGCAAAUCUAAAUGCUGUCAGAUUGUGCACUGUGAAUUGAGAAAUAUCAGGGUUGAUAUGGGUCUGACUCCCAUUAGUCGUUAAAUUGACGAAGUUGACGGAGGAGGAGGAGCAGCAGCAGCAGCAGGAAGAGGAGGAGGAGGAGGAGGGCCAAGAGUCUUGUAGGAAGGUGCAGCUCAGGACACUAAAAUAUAAAUUAACUUAGUCGAGCUACUAGUUACGGAUGGGGUCCGAGCAGAACAGAUUCCCUCAGCAGGAACGGCGGAAGAGAUGGGGUGGAUGUUGGGGUGCAUUAUCCUGCUUUCACUCUCAGAAAGGUGGAAAGCGCAUUGUACCUGCAUCUCGUUUACCUGAGGGCAAUGCUGUGACAACCCAGCCAAAUGGACCUCAAGCAGCUGGAAUGACCAACCAGGCUACAGUUAUAGCUCCAUCCCUUCUUGCCCCACCUUCUUCACCAGCAUCCUUUACAAAUUCUGCACUCCCUUCAACCGUUCAGUCACCUAGCUGUUUCUUGUCCUUAUCUGCCAACUCACCUGGAGGUCCUUCAUCGACAAUGUUUGCUACAGGGCCGUAUGCCCAUGAACCACAACUGGUCUCUCCUCCUGUUUUCUCAGCCUUCACCACUGAACCAUCAACCGCUCCACUCACUCCCCCACCCGAACUAGCUCACCUAACUACGCCUUCUUCCCCUGAUGUGCCUUUUGCUCAGUUCCUCUCCUCAUCAGUGGAUCUCAAAGGAACUGGAAAGACAAAUUACAUUGCUUCAAAUGAUCUUCAAGCAGCAUAUUCUCUCUAUCCUGGAAGUCCAGCCAGUAGCCUCGUAUCACCAAUUUCAAGGACAUCCGGCGACUGCCUAUCAUCUUCAUUUCCUGAGAGGGACUUCCCCCCACAGUGGAAUCCUUCAUCUUCUCCCCAAGAUGGAAAAUAUCCAAGAAGUGGUUCUGGUCGGCUAUUUGGACACGAGAAAACAGGAACAUCUUUGGCAUCUCAAGAUUCCAAUUUCUUCUGCCCUGCUACAUUUGCACAAUUCUAUCUGGACAAUCCACCAUUCCCUCAUACCGGUGGGAGGUUGAGUGUAUCAAAGGAUUCAGAUGUUUACUCUUCUGGAGGGAACGGUUAUCAAAACCGGCACAGCAAGUCUCCAAAACAAGAUGUGGAGGAAAUAGAAGCUUACCGAGCAUCAUUUGGUUUCAGUGCAGAUGAAAUUAUAACUACUACACAAUAUGUGGAGAUAUCUGAUGUAAUGGAGGAUUCCUUUACUAUGAGACCUUUUACUUCAACUAGUCUGUCGGCAGAAGAAAGUAUUGAACCUCCAUUGCUAGGUGAAAAACUAAAAUCCACAAAGACAACUAUACAGAGUCAGAGAAGUAUGAAGCCAGCAUCUGAUGUUGUCGAAAAGGAAACCUGCGCUGAAGUGCUGCCAUUAUGCAAUGGCUGUGAAGACAAUAAAUUGCAAAGACAACCUGGUAACAUGUCAGGAUCAAGUUCCUCUUUCAACCAAGUUGAAACAGAAGAUGUAUUCUCAAGGAUAGUGCCACCCAAAAAUAGUCGCAAGUAUAAUCUUGGAUUAUCCUGCUCUGAUGCAGAAGUUGACUACAGAAGAGGAAGGAGCCUAAGGGAGGUCAAGGGAGAUUUUUCAUGGCACGACUAAGAGAGCCAUCUCAAAAAUAGUUUUCAGUUUGUUUGUGUAUCUGUUUUCUGCUUUGCAGGUUUCCAUGGAAUGUCUAACCUAUGAUCUAACCUGUUGUCUCUCUCAGUUAUGACUUGGUCACUGGACGGAUGAACAAUUAUAAUUUGUGUUCCUAAUCGUGCAAAUUUAGAUAUGGAAUGGGUCGAAUUUCUGUACUUGAUAGAUGAAGUUGACUUUUUUCAGUGAAUUGUAUACUAGCACCGUACAAUCUGCUUGCC